AAAAACUAAAAAAUUAUUCAAAAUAUAAUGUUUUUUUAUCUCAUAUUUUAACUAAAAAAUUAAAAAAUUAUUAAAAUAGUCUAUUUCCAAACGGACCUAAUAAGUAAUAUCCAUCUCUCCCUUCUCUUCUCUUCUCUUCUCUCUGUCGACAAUGGCAUCCACAAUGGCCUCACACACAAUGUCCACUCCCCUCAUUUGCCACUCAUCUCUCCCUCACCGAACCCACACCGCUUCUGUCUCUGCCUCAAUCCACAACGGCCUUGUCAUCUCGAAACUCUGCUUCCAUCUCCAGAUCACUCAUUGUAUCCACUCCCCAAUCCAAGAAGAAGAAGAAGAAUCGUAGCCUUUUUGUAAAUAACUGUUCUGCAGCAAAUGACAAUGAAACUACAACCCAAGAGGUUCCCAUUGAAUUGCGUACGCAUUUGAUUCUCUACCCUUUCUCUCUCUCUCUCAAACUAUGUCCAAUUAAUAUCUAAAUUCUCUUCUUCUUCUUCUUCUUCUUCUUCUUUUCUUUUUCUUUUUUUCUUCUUGUGUGUGUGCAGAGUAUCCAGCAUUUCCCUCUAUGAUGGAUAUCAAUCAGAUUCGCGAGAUUUUGCCCUACCGGUCUGUAUUUUCUUAUUUUUAUUUUUAUGUGAAUUGAGUGUGAUCAAGAGGGUUUAUAAAUUUUUUUGGUGGUUUCAUGAAUGAGGAAGAUGGGUUUAAUUUGAAAGAAGUUUAGUAGUUAUUCACUUAUGUGGAGUUUCAAAUCGGCCCAAGUUCUCUCUAGUCCAUGUAAUGGACUGGUGGACCGUCGUGUUGUGUUGUCCCAGUCCACCAGUCCAAUAACUGUGGUUAUGGUAUUUUAUGGCGUUUGUAUGAAAAUAAAUGUACGUCAAAUAUUUCUUUAUUAUGACUCUAUUAAUUAUUAAUGCUUCAUUUUUAUUUUUAUUUUUGGGUUUCAACUUUCCUUUUCUAUUAGUGGAUAGAAUGAUUGAAUACAAUCCAGGAGUUUCAGUUGUUGCUAUUAAAAAUGUAACAAUAAAUGACAACUUCUUUCCUGGGCAUUUCCCUGAGAGACCAAUUAUGCCUGGUGUCCUCAUGAUUGAGGCAAUGGCACAGGUUGGUUGCAUAGUUAUGCUGCAACCAGAUGUGGGAAUACCCCGCGACAACUUCUUCUUUGCUGGAAUCGACUGUGUCAGAUUCCGGAAGCCAGUUGUCGCAGGCGACACGUUGGUGAUGAGAAUGACACUUGUCAAGCUGCAAAAACGGUUCGGAGUAGCGAAGAUGGAAGGGAAGGCAUAUGUUGGAGGGAAGUUGGUAUGUGAGGGUGAAUUUUUGAUGGCUUUGGGUGGGUAGUUAAAUGAUGCCUUAAAACUGCUAUUUCCUUCCCUUUAUUGUAUUUCUUUUUAGCAUAGCCUUUUGCUGAUGUUAAAAUUUAUGAGCAUUUGUCGUCUCAACACAAAAACUCACAUAUUUAUGGUAUGACAAAAAGUUAAAGUCAGUUAUUUUUUAUUUUUUAUUUUUUGAUUCAAUAAGAAAAAGCUUACUUUGGGAACAAAGUAGAAAAUAUUUAUGGAGCCACCAUCACCACUACUAAAAUAUAAGUUUACCAAAAUCGUAACUACAAAUGAGUAUUUUGAAAAAUAUUUUUUUGUAGAAUAUGUUUUUUGCCUAAACAUAUGGAUCCUAUUCACAGUAUGAUUCAUUCUGGUGUUUCCCACUCCAGCCCAAAUGACUAAAUGUGGAAUGAAUUCGAGCGCCAUUAUUUUUUUUUUAUAAAUUAUAUAUGGAAUUAACAUUACUAUUGUCUGAGUAUGCAUAACCACAUUUUUUUUUUUUUUUUUUUUUUU